AUGCAGGAAGUCGAAAUUCUUCCAAGAGAUGUCUUCAUCCAUUAUCUUAAUGUUCCAAAGGGAAAAGUCAUUUUAUGGUGGUUUUCUACUAAAAAGAAAAAUAUUUCUUUUGGCUUAUUUCAGAGAAAAAAUAAUAUUGUGGCUUCCGGAAACGUUUUUAUCGCUGCUCCAAAUACUCCGGAACCUUAUCAGGACGGAAACGUAACUGGUCAAAUAUCACCUGCUAAAGUUACAAUCUCUGAACAUAAACCUUUAGCAAAAAGUUUAGCUCCUAGUCUUAAAAGUAGAAAUUCUCUAGAUACUUGUCAGACUGAAGAAAAUGAUGAUAUAAAUGAGGAUGAUGUAAACCCUACUUUAAAUAAUCAACAAAAUAAUCGUGUGAGAGGACGUAAAAAAUCCGUAUCAGCUCAAAUCGUUAAAGAUCCAAGUUUGAAAGAAAUAUUACCAGUUGAGCAUUAUAAUUCUGCUACAACUACAAUUAAGGGACGUUAUAAAGCAACUGAAGAAGGAACAUAUUGCCUAUGUUUUGAUAAUUCUUUUUCUCGUACUACCUCAAAAUCUCUAACAUUUUUUGUUGCUCUGAAAGAUGAUACUGAUGAAGAUCAAAAUGAACCUGAAAUAUCUGGCUGGCUAUUAAAAAAGAAGAGGAAAAAAAUGCAAGGUUGGGCUAAACGUUGGGUCCAAAUUGACAAUGGUGUUCUUUCAUAUUACCAACAUCCCCAUAGUCCUUGUAGAGGGAAAAUACAUAUUGUUCUUUCAACUGUUGUAUCCAGUCAAUCCCAUCGUUCAAUACAUUUGGAUUCUGGAACUGCAACUUAUCAUCUAAGAGCUCUAACAAAUGAAGAGUUUGAUGCUUGGAUGACGGUUAUUCGUAAAUAUGUAAAUCUUUCUAAUGAAAAACAAUUUAAUGAUCUUGAAUACCCCAGGGCUUCUUUUUACCAACAGCCUGGUGAAAUUGAAAGACUUCAAAGUUUAUAUUUUAAACGACAAGGCUUACUAGAAAGACGUCAAAGUUUAAAUAAAUCUAUUGAUCAACAAAAUGGUUUACUUCAAAAUAAUUUAGAUGAAGAUCUCGGAAAAAUUUAUGGUCCUCAACCAAGUCCAAAUAUCGAAGGAAAAUCUCGUAAAAAAUUUACUCUUUCUUUGCAACGAGAAAAAGAUCAAGCUUUUAAUUUGUUACGUGCUGAAAUUGAAAAAUGGAAAUUGGUCGAUCAUGCAUAUCGUAAACUUGCUGCCGAAAAUGCUAGUAUACAUGAGUCACAUAUUAAAAAUGAUAGCUUUGAUGAGAGACUAGAACAUGGGUCAAGUGAUAUAGAUUAUGCUGAGAUUAAUAGUUUAAAAAAGACAAGAUCAAUGUCUAUGAGCACUAUAAAUACUCAUUCUGAAUUAUUUUUUGAUGCUGAGGAUAUUGAUUUAACCGAAGAUUUAUCUGCAACUGAAAGUGAUAUGGAUGUAAGUAAUACCAAUAUCAGUGAUGAGGAAAGUGACUCUAAUCCCGCAUUUAUUCAACCAAUCUCAGUUGGUGUGUAUGAAAAACCUCCCUCUGAAAAUUCCUCUAAUGCUAGUAAACCAAUGAUAAUACAAAGAAGAAAAGUUCUUCCUGCCCCAAUUUGUGGUGAAGAUGUUAGUUUACUUUCUAUUUUACGAAAAAAUGUUGGUAAAGAUUUAUCAACUGUCGCAAUGCCAAUUUCUCUAAAUGAACCAAUAAAUAUUUUACAAAAUAUGGCUGAAGCAUUAGAAUAUAGUGAAUUAUUAGAUAAAGCUGCGAGUUUAGAUGAUUCAUUAGAAAGGUUAAUAUAUGUAGCUGCAUUCGCUGUGUCAGGAUAUUCUUCUACCUAUUUUAGGACGGGUAGGAAACCUUUUAAUCCACUUCAUGGUGAAACAUACGAAUUUGUUCGACCAGAUAAAGGAUUUAGGUUCAUUUCCGAAAAAGUUAGUCACUAUCCACCAAUAAUGGCUUGUCAUGCAGAUUCUCCAUCUUGGACUUAUUGGCAAGAUUCGAAAGUAAAAAGUAAAUUUUGGGGUAAAUCGAUGGAACUUAUACCGAUCGGUACAAUACAUAUUACCAUACCGAAAUAUAAUGAUCAUUUCACAUUUUCGAAACCUUCCACAUGGAUGCGUAACAUGAUAUCUGGGACAAAAUAUUUUGAACAUACAGGAGUGAUGCGAAUAGAAAAUAGAUCAACUGGAGAAGCUUGUGAGAUUACGUUUAAUCAAAGUGGGUUAUGGAGUAGAUCUCCAAAUAGUGAUAUAGUUGGAAUGUUAUUUUCAGCAAAUGGUGAAAAAUCUGGAAAGCUUGUUGGUAAAUGGAAUGAAAUAAUAUUUCAUGAAAAAGAGGGUCCAAAUCAUUUGGAAGUAAUUUGGAAAGCAAAUCCCUCAAUACCGGAUUAUGAACAAUAUUAUGGUUUUACUCAAUUUUGCAUAGAGUUAAAUGAGUUAACACCUGAUCUUGAAGGAUAUUUACCAAAUACUGAUACUAGACUUAGACCAGAUCAAAGGCUUUUUGAAAAUGGUGAAGUUGAAAAAGCGGAGACUGAAAAACUUCGUUUAGAACAGAAACAAAGAGAGUAUAGAAAGUUACUUGAGGAAAGAGGAGAAACAUGGGUUCCACAAUGGUUUCAACUAGAAGGUGAUGAAUGGGUUUAUAAAGGAGGUUAUUGGGAAGCGAGAGAAAGUAAAAGUUUUAAAACAAAACUUCAACUUUGGUAG